AUGGCCAACCACUCCCAACUCGGAUUUCAAGACGCCUCAUCCCCCAUUAUAGAAGAACUCGUAGAAUUCCACGACCAUGCCCUAAUAGUCGCAUUAGCCAUCUGCAGCCUAGUCCUAUACCUCCUCGCACUCAUACUGAUAGAGAAAUUAUCCUCAAACACCGUUGACGCUCAAGAAGUAGAACUAAUCUGAACUAUCCUACCAGCAAUUGUCCUCAUCCUACUUGCCCUCCCAUCCUUACAGAUCCUCUAUAUAAUAGACGAGAUCGACGAACCCGACCUGACACUAAAAGCAAUCGGACACCAGUGAUACUGAACCUAUGAGUACACAGACUUCAAAGACCUAACAUUUGACUCUUAUAUAAUCCCCACAGCAGAACUACCACAAGGACACUUCCGACUACUAGAAGUUGACCAUCGAGUUGUUAUUCCUAUAGAAUCCCCCAUCCGCAUCAUCAUCACAGCCAGUGACGUCCUCCACUCAUGAGCAAUCCCCACUCUAGGAGUAAAAACAGACGCAAUCCCAGGUCGACUAAACCAAACCUCAUUCAUCACAACCCGACCAGGAAUCUUCUAUGGCCAAUGCUCAGAAAUCUGCGGUGCCAACCACAGCUACAUACCAAUCGUAGUAGAAUCUGCCCCUCUUUCUCACUUUGAGAACUGAUCAUCACUAAUACUAUCCUAA